CUGACCAGGGCAGGUCGACUUCCUGGCUUCUGUAUCCUCGUAACCUCUACCUCGCAUGCAGCAAGCCAACAUGUCAUUUCCCACUUCUUGAAUACUACAUCUUUGACCUGUUGUUGCCUCUGUCCACCCUGAAUGUAAUUCCCACCUAUUUCGAUCUGGGUCUUUGCACACCUUUCGACACCGACAUCUCCCACCAGCACUACCACCACCACCUUGCCUUUACGAGAGGAUACAGCUAUGAUAGACAGAUGAUCCGGGAAGCCCGCUUUACUCCCUCGACAGCCUGCCCCAAUCCUCCUCCUCUGUCUUCGUCCAGCUGACCUUCCACACACUCGCGACAAUGGCCGUCUAUGCCUCACAGCUCGGUGCCAAAGGGCCCUUUGCCAAUGCAGCCCCUCCCUCGGUCGCGACUCACGCCGCCCCGGCAGGCACCUUCCUCCCAGGAACCAAAGUCCAGGUUGGCGACCAUAGAGUCAUCAUUGAUCGCUACCUCUCUGAAGGCGGCUUCGCUCACGUUUAUGUGGUCACCAUGCCUCGGCCCGUCGAUGGCAAUCAGAAAGCUGUCCUGAAACGCGUUGCAGUCCCGGACAAGGAAAACCUGGCCAACAUGCGCACCGAAGUCGAAACCAUGAAGCGAUUACGAGGGCAAAAGUACAUUGUCAAAUACAUCGACUCACAUGCUUCCCAGUUAAAAGGUGGUGGUUAUGAGGUCUUCUUACUCAUGGAAUUUUGCCAGGGUGGUGGUUUGAUUGACUUCAUGAAUACCCGUCUGCAGAACCGUUUGACUGAGCCUGAAAUCCUAAAGAUCUUCACCGAUGUGGCUGAAGGUGUCGCCUGCAUGCACUACCUGAAGCCCCCCCUGAUGCAUCGCGAUUUGAAAAUCGAAAAUGUCCUUAUUUCCGUGACAGGCUCCUCGAGAAUCUUCAAGCUAUGUGAUUUUGGCUCCGCCGCUGUUGCUAGGCCCGCUGCCACUUCGGCCGCAGAAGGUCGAAUCAUCGAGGACGACAUCAAUCGCCAUACCACCUUGCAAUACCGCAGCCCUGAAAUGAUCGAUGUCUAUCGGAAACAGCCGAUCGACGAAAAGGCAGAUAUUUGGGCGUUGGGGGUCUUUCUGUAUAAACUCUGCUAUUACACCACUCCAUUUGAAGACGUUGGCCAGAUGGCCAUCCUACAUGCUCGUUUCAAGUUUCCAGCAUACCCUCGCUUUUCAGACCAGCUGAAGCUCUUGAUUGCUUCCAUGCUUCGCGAAAAUCCUGCCGAUCGCCCCAACAUCUACCAGGUUCUCCAAAAGGCUUCCUCCAUGGACGGACGAGAACUCAGCAUUGGCGACAUCUAUACCCGCCGCGCACAGUCGGAGAGUCGAAAGGACCAGUCCAAACCUUUGCCUCUACCACCCAGUUCCCAACCUCGAUCUGGUGCCACUUUAUCACCCCCCAAGCAAGAAGCCCCGGCCAGCUUGCCUCAGGUCGAGCCGAUGCGUAGGGGCAGACCGACCAAGCCUGUUUCGCACCACGGUUCGGCAAAGCCGAGCCCAUCCCCUCUCCGUAUGGUGGAAGCAGGUCCAGAUCCGUUUGCUGCUCUUGACGGAUCCAAGUUCAAAGCAGAGGAUGAGCUCUCACACAAAUUCCCUACAUUGGACCAAUUCGCUCUCCUGACAGACAAGGGCAAGAAGUAUUCCUUUGAGCCAACCUCGGACAAUCGAAGCUCGAAUUUGGACCCUCAGCUCGCUCAACGUGUCACAAAUGCUUUAGCCGACGAGGCUUUUGCAAGACCUGCCACCCCGGCACUGGCGACAUCAGCCGGGGAGAAGCCAGCAGUCGCGACCAAAUCCCAUGCUUUGCUAGAGAGGAAACGAUCUCAAGAGAGCAAGGAGAUCUCGGGACGGGCGAGCGCACCUGCUGUCCCAGCCAAAUCUACCAUGGUCUCAACCGGUACCAUGACAUCCGCUUCACCUCCCUCCCACACCCUCCCGCCGGUCUCUGAUCGCCCCAUUCAUCGAUUUCCUGCACAAAACCACCCUCCAAGGUCUUCAAGUCUCCAGCAGCCCUCGACGCAGUCUAAAGCCGCUGAACCGAGCCGGGGCUUCUCCCGUCUUUCGACUUUACUUCAAGAAGAUGCCCGACGGUCACAAGCGGCAUCUGAAGUGGAGCCGCGAUCUCCGACUUCGUCGCGGCCGUCUCUGGAGGGUGGUCGGCCGACAGUCCGAGAUGUGUCGUCUGCCGUACACCGAUCCAGAUCUCUCAACAUGCGGAAUCGUCCGGCCAGCGUCAACAUUGGGAAAGGUCUGACACAUAUCAAGGACCGGGAUGUCCGAGGUAUCGACUAUGAGGAAGCAUACGCCAGUGGAGAGCCGGAACUCCCGGCUUUGACCCAUUCAGAGUCGGCCACCAACAUCUCAUCCGACGUCGAAUUCCUAAGGGCUCGCGAAGAGGAGGAAAAGGAAAAGAGGCAGCACCACAAGCGGCUGAGCAGUGGUUCAAAGCAGGCGAAGCGUUCGAGUCUGCCCUCGAUUGGAUUGUCGGGGACGACCAAGCUACUGGCAGGCAAAUUUGGCGACGCCUUUAAAAAGUUUGAAGGUGGUGACACCAGCAACCAUGCACACCACCACCAUCUGAUCCACCAUCAUCACCAUGAAAGAAGCGAGUCUCUGCCGCGAGAUCCUGGCAACGUGCUCACGCCAAUCGCCGGGUCGGAAGCGACGGAUUUGAGUGACGAUCGACAGAAUUGGGACGAGACGGAGGAUCUGUCGCCCGAGAUGAGACGGGAACUAGAAAAGAGGAAGCUCGAGGCGGAAGAACGCAGGGUGGCAAAUGCCGCAGCUGAGUACCGACAGAGGCUGGCUGCCAAAGAAGGCAGCGGUGGCACUGUAGCAUCUACCAGCGGUGGAGGGGGACCAAUGCCAGGCAGAGGGUCGACGAUUCAGAAUCGGGUGCAGUCGUUACUCAGUGAAAAUGAACGACCUGCGGUCAAGACAGCGAGUGGAUACGGGAGAUACACCGCCACUCCUGAACCGAUCCAGCAACAUCACGAACGAGCGCAGACAUUCCAACCCAGUCGGCCCGUCCACACUGGAUCGGGGAGUGUUGGGCAUCCCGCGACCAAAGUUGUAUCAGCGCCAGCAUCUGCCAUUGAUUUAACGAUGCGACCAGAGCCCCGUUCGCAGCGACCAGUCGCGCCACCGAAGCCCAAAGUGCUCCGAAGCGCGGCCGGAGAUGCUGGCAAUAACAGUGAUCAGGGCAACGAUGGAUUGGAUGAAGAUUGGGAAUCGAACUUUAGCAAGAGAUAUCCUGAUCUGUCGGGGCUCGAGAUGGUCGAGACAUCUAUCGAUGAGCCCAAGACACAAGCAGUGGUACGGACCAAAGAGAUCUAGAGCAGCUGCUAUGUUAUACUCUGAAUGAGUCAAGGGCUGAUUGUAGCCAUGAUGUGUCCUGCGUUAUUGUUUGUCGCUGGGAGAUGAUAACACCUAUUGAUGAUUGCAAUUUGUAAACCACUGAGCCCAAGGGGGGCCGAGAGACUCUGGCUGGG